AUGAACAUAAAGUUGAAAUUAAAAUGUUUAUUUGAAAUUGAGUUGAUUGUUAGAGUAAAAAAGUAUAAUAUGUGCAAUCAAUUCACAUCUCUUUAUAAAUUUCAAAGAGAAAAAUCAUCAUCAAGAUAUUAUUUGAUGAUUUUGAGUGUUUUUGAAUUGAGAAUUUCAUCAAUCAUGUUAGGAAUAACUAAUGAAUAUUAUGGAUCAAAUUGUGUAGAUGAAUUUAUAAAACACUUUAAACAUUUCAAAAAAAAACAAAUACAGUAUGAGAAAAUAAGUUUCCAUACACAUACUCUUGUGAAGAAACACUAUCUGUUGGUGUUAUUGAUAAUUGUUUACAAAAUGAAAUCUGUUAUGAUUAGAAGAGAAAAUACUCAUUUUAAUGAUAAUUUAAUAAAUACUCAUUAUUUUAUUGAUUUAACUCUUUUUGACAUCAGAAAAUACUAUGUUUAUUAUUGUUAA